GUGCUGUGUGUUGCACUUCAUUGGACUUGGUUGUAUUGUGUUGUGUUCGGGGUUUUUAUACUAUGCUUGUUGUUAUUUUUGACAGUCUGAAUUUUUAAGGUUACGUAGUAUUCGAUGGUAAAUAAUUAAUUAAUAUUAUCGCCGUUUAAAUAAUUGUGCAUAUUAUAAAAGAUAUACUAUGAUUUAUAUUAUAAAACGGUUUCAAGUAUAACAGCAAUCGCUACAUUUUCAGUAAUAAUAAAUAAUUAUAAAUUGGUGUAAGAAUAGUAGAUGACAAUGUCCGAAUACGACAAAGUAAGAACAGGGAAAUUGGUUUUAAAAGGUGAAAAAAUAAGAUCAAAAAAACGUAAAUCUAAAAAGCAAGAAAGAGAACAUGUUACUACCACUGAUGAUAACGACACUUUAAAUCACGGUGGAUGGUGGAAAGCUACACAAGUGUCUGAAGUUACAGGAACAGUGGCAAUUGAGUUUGGAAAUAAUACUUAUAUGAAAGCUUUGGAUAAUGGAUUAUUUACUUUGGGUGCUCCUCAUGAUGAGGGUGAUGGACCUUCUCCAGAAGAAAUUUUGACAGCAUUUCCAAUAGGCGAAACAAAAGUUGCAUUAAAGUCUGGCUAUGGAAAGUAUCUAGGUGUUGAUAAGAAUGGUAUUGUUGUUGGAAGAAGUGAUGCGGUUGGCAUGAUCGAACAAUGGGAACCAAUUUUUCAAGAUAAGAAACUUGCUAUUUUAAAUAGCAAUAAUUGCUUCAUAUCGCUCACAGAAGAAGAUGACAUUGUUUGUCAAAAUAAAACUGCUGGGUCCUCAGAAUUUUGUACAAUAAGAAGUAUAAUUCAGAAAACUCAGGAUCCAAAUAAAGACAUUCCAAAGGAAGAACAAGGUUCCUUACUGGAUGUUGAAGUGAACUAUGUGAGGAAGUUCCAGAAAUUUCAGGAUAAGAAACUGAAACUAAGCAAAGCGAAUCAUACAGAAUUAGAAAAAGCAAAGCGUGAAGGGAAUUUGCAUGAAACUCUCUUGGAUAGAAGAAGUAAAAUGAAAGCAGAUCGAUAUUGUAAAUAAUUUUGUAUGAACUCUAAGAUGUACUUAUAAAUUUUAAUUAAUCAUGUAUUAUGUA